AUGGAUGAAGCUAUCUAUAUCAAAUAAUUUAUUUUUAAUGAGGGACUUGAUGAGUAUAAUAAAGAAUAUCAUAUUAGAUUGUCAUAACACCAUGUUGAAGAGGAAUCUUUAGAACAUUUAUACUAUUCCAUGAUGUAAUGCUAAUCAACUUAUGAUUAGAAUGAUUCUAAUCAAAAUAUAUAGUAGAAAAGAAUGAUCAAUGAUAUGAGGUAUUAUUAACUUUAUGUUAAUAUCUUAUCUAGAUUCUCCUAUCUGGAAGAUAAGAGAAUUUUAGAGUUGGUCAUAUAACUUGGUCCCAACUUCAAUAAAAUAGUAAAAUAUUUUCCAGGAAAAACAAUGAAUAUGAUUAAAAAUAGAUAUUAUAAAAAGUUAAGAUUCAACAAGGAAUACUAUUUAGGUGACAAUGAGAAAACAAAACAAAAAAAGAAUAAAUGA